GCUGUUGUGCUGCUGCUGCAUUUUCAAGGCAACCAUCGGCGCUAAUGGCGACUGCUGGAACCGCAGACUCGGGAUCAACACUCCCGACAGAUAUUAGGACUCAGUUCUGGAGGAGGGCAUUACAGCGAGGGACCAGCAGCAUUCGAAAAAUGGCCCCUGCAGAGGUGCCUGGCUCUUCAGGCACAACUCAAAGUAUGAAGAAGACCAUUGGGCACCGGGGCGUUGAGACAACAACAGGAGAGACCACGUACAAAAAGACUACAUCGUCUGCCCUAAAAGGUGCAAUCCAGUUGGGCAUUGCACACACAGUGGGCAGCUUAAGUCAAAAGGCAGAAAGAGAUGUUCUCAUGCAGGACUUUGUGGUGGUUGAAAGCAUCUUUUUCCCAAGUGAAGGCAGUAACCUGACUCCUGCUCAUCACUACAGUGACUUUCGCUUUAAGACCUACGCUCCUAUUGCCUUCCGUUACUUCAGAGAAAUGUUUGGCAUCCGGCCAGACGACUACCUGUAUUCUUUGUGUAAUGAGCCACUGAUCGAGCUGUCAAACCCUGGAGCCAGCGGAUCCAUCUUCUAUGUUUCUAGUGAUGAUGAGUUUAUCAUCAAAACGGUUCAACACAAAGAGGCAGAAUUUCUCCAGAAACUCCUACCAGGUUACUUCAUGAAUAUAAACCAAAACAAGCGAACCCUGCUCCCGAAAUUUUAUGGACUGUACUGUGUUCAGGCUGGAGGGAAAAAUAUCCGUAUUGUUGUCAUGAACAAUCUUCUGCCUCGGAUCAUCCCCAUGCACCUCAAAUACGACUUGAAAGGCUCCACCUAUAAAAGACGAGCUUCUCCUAAGGAACGAGAAAAGACUGUCCCCAUUUACAAAGACCUGGACUUCAUCCAGGACAUGCCUGAUAGCCUGCUGCUGGAAGCAGACAACUUCAAUGCUCUGUGCAAGACGAUUCAGAGGGACUGCUUGCUCCUACAGAGUUUCAAGAUCAUGGAUUACAGUCUGUUGAUGGGUAUCCACAACAUGGAGCAGGCAAGUCGAGAGCGGGAGCGCAGUGGGGGCAGCUCGAGAGACGGUGCGGUGUUGGAGGGUCCUGUGACCCCAGAUCAGCGUCGGCCUCAAACUCAGAAAAGUUUGUACUGCACAGCCAUGGAGUCCAUCCAGGGGGAAGCGCGAGGGAAGGGAGCCUUGGAUUCAGAGGAUCAUGUGGGAGGGAUUCCAGCUCGCAAUGCAAAAGGAGAUAGGUUGCUCAUCUACAUUGGCAUCAUCGAUAUUCUCCAGUCCUACAGAUUUAUUAAGAAGUUGGAACAUUCUUGGAAAGCUUUGGUCCAUGAUGGGGACACUGUUUCAGUUCACAGACCCGGCUUCUAUGCAGAACGUUUCCAACAAUUUAUGUGCAGCACGGUGUUUAAGAAAAUUCCACUUAAGCCAUCUCCAUCUAAGAAGAGCCGAAGCGGAGGUCAAGGAGGGCUUAGAAGGGCCCCCACUCUGGGGGCUCCCACCCCACUCUCCCACACAGGAGGACAGUAUUCUGGCGAAUCCAGAUUAGUUUAUCACAGUCAUUUUAGAAGCACAGAGUCAGAGGCUGACAGUGGCGUUCAGUUGGACAAGCCAGAUCUGGUUCCAAGAACUCCUCCACCAUUUGACAACCCUGCUGAUGUGGAGGGCAACCUGUCCACCUCAUCACUGGGCAGCACAGGAGUUUCCGCCACCUCUCCUCCACUACGGUCCGUUGGCGUGGAGGUGCACAAAUCAGCAAACACAGACCACGACCAGGGACCCUCUCAUAGUUUUGGGGCAGAAGGAUCUGCUGAGAAUUCAGGUAACCUGUCUGGAAAUGAAGAUGUAGUUUCUCUGACGGACAUCAUCCCAGAGACUAACCUCUAAUUUUGAAGAAAAACAAAAGAAGCUGACCUGGUGCCAUCUAUGAAGAAGAGGCACCUCUGGAUGUGAUGAGAAGGACAGCAUGAAUGAAAUUCAUCAAUCCAAAGCUCUUGAUUGCACCCACAUUGUUUUUUUCACCACUGCAGUAUAAACAGGAGCUAAGUGGUGGUAGAGAGUUUACAAAAUCAACGAGAGCAGGGAUGAGAAUACAGGAUGCGGUAGACUUCAUCAACCCUGUCUCUGUCCACAUUUGUCCACACCUGUCCCAAAGAACUUUUUAGACCCUAAACAUGGCUGCUCUGUUGUAGCUGCAGCAGUGUCACAUUAAAUAAAAAAUAGGGGCUGUAUAUUGUCCCUCAUCAACACUGGAUGAUGAGGGACCAGCCCUGUCUACAUCAUGAAUAGACGUGCGUAGGCAGAGACAUUUCAACAGGAACUCACUCACUUCAGAGCACAUGAAGGGCGUAGCCUCAAUAGAUCGGUGAACUGUUUGCUUUCUGUGAGUGCGUUCACGUUUCUGUGACCUAAUGCACCGCUCAUGCUCGUACAUCUCCCCAUCAAGGAGACGACCCUGAACCGACGGUGUAAUUAUUAGAAAUCGUUCAGUCAACACUUGCUGCUGUCAGCUUUGCAAUCAAGUAUGCAUUCUUCUCGUUUAAAUACAGUAUUUGUUCAAAGUUCAGUUUUGAAAGGAUAGCAAAUGGGUUGAACCGAACCCGACGAGCUUGUUUUGUUUCAUGUUUUAAGUUAUUCUCGUGGAAGUCACAGUGACAUUACCCAGAUCUCGCCACUGUCGAAUGUAUAUCACGUUUUGCAUCAAAUGUUUCUUAUUAAAACGGCAAUCCACAUUUAUAAAACCCUGAACAUCUCUCCCACUAAUGUGGCUGUACGUGUUGAGUAUGAAAUACAGAGCAAAGAGUUCUUUAAAGUAGUGCUGGACAAUAGAUGCUGUUACAUUUUUUAUUAGUAUAAGUGUUUAAUUUAUUAUCCGUUACGUUUGUGUUUUUCCCCGUGUUUCUUGCAUAUAGUUGACAUUAGUGCGUUAGCUGCGCAUAGAAACUUGCCUUAUCACUACUGCUGAAGUCAUCAAACUUCCACUUGUUUGUCUGAACCAGCUGAUCAGUUCUGAAGGUUUAUAGGCAUUUCAAAUUUCAAUUUGAACACUAACGCUACCACCUACCUGAUCAUCACUAAUCUGAUUUAUCAGCACGGCUAUAAAAAAAUCCCUCGACGUCAGCGAGGAUGUCUAAAUAAUUUCUGCUGGUUACAGAAAUGACAUUUGCCCUUAUUAAUUCUUGGACCAAUAUCACUUAAAGUUGAAUGUGUUGAAGGUUAUUUUAUUGUUUUUUACUUCAGUAUUUAUGCAUUUCCUUCUAAAAUCACUUGCUUAUUAUUUCAUACCUAGUGACUGUAGCAAAACUUGACUUCAUCUCAUCUUCGGAUUCUUUUUGUUACAUUGGGAAGCACACGUGGUCUAUGCAGCAGAGAGGGAAAGUGAGUUAAUAACAAUAAUACAUUCAUUAAUGCACAGAGGUGAGGACUUUAGAACUGAGUGUUUGGUACUCUGAACAAGUACUAGCGCCAAAGAGAAAAGCCAGUAGAACUGAGUUUUGUUGUUGUUGUUGUUUUGGCAUGGUCAGCUUGAUGUGAUGCACUCCUACAUGGACUGAUGGGUUGUCUAUGCUAAAAACACUGGGUUGACCUGUGUUUUAAUGGUCUGUCACGAAACUGGAUGUUUGCUUUUUUUGUUGAACAAUUUCAUUUUUGAGGGGGUGAGUGUUUUGACUUUAAUUUAUUUGUCAAACAUAUUAUUUCAAAACUUAACCCUACAUUCCUAAAAUAAAAACAUUUAUGUACUACAUUUGUAUAAGCAGAGAAUAAUGGACGGAUGGACAGACUGCAUUUGUAGUGGCGUUUUGAACCUGCUAUUUAUCACCUUUUAUGCUUUAGGUGUUUCUGGUAUUAAAUAAAAAUGUUAAAUAUUGUUCAUUUCAAACUCCAGGUGAAAACUCUUGAGAAUCUGAGUCUGAUAAAGUAAAAAAAAAAAAAAAAAAAAUCCAGUUUGUUUGGUGACACCAGGAGUUAUUUUUUGGGGGUAACUUUUUAAAAAUAGUGGUUAGUUUUGGAUGCAGAGCUGAGUUGGAUUUGUACCACAUCAUAGCACAAGAAAAACAUCCUUUGGUGCUCUAAGGGUGCAGGCAGCUGUAAACACUACAGUGAUAUGGAAGUAAUGCAAUAUGAGUCUGCCACCUGUCAGCCUGAAGCUAUAUUUAUUAUUCUGACUGAUUUCUGUAGGCUGAGAUGAUAAAAGUUGUAUGAUUGUAAACGAACUAUACUGACAGAAGGAUGUCUGCAACUUUAUAGCUUAUAUUGCCUAUAAAGAAGGACUAUUUGACAAUUUCACCUUUUUAUAUUUAACGUUUAGAUUGUGAUAUGAUGGCUAUAUACUCUCCAUGACAUUUUCUGGAUGGUUAUUCUUCCAUUUUUCUACAUGAAUGUUUCACAUGGCUUAUGAGCCAGUGUUGCUGGUUGUUCUAUAUGCUUCAAUCGCUAUAU